GCGGCGGCGCGGGGGCAGCUGACGCGCGUGCAGAGCGCGCCCCGACAGCCGCGGGGUCCGGGUGGGCUGCGGUCCGGGCGCCGCCGCGUCCGCCCUCUUCGGAGGUGGGCGGGGCCGGCGAAAGAGACGGGCCCUGUCGGACGCCAUGUUUGUGGCGCGCAGCAUUGCGGCGGACCAUAAAGAUCUCAUCCACGAUGUCUCUUUCGACUUCCACGGGCGACGGAUGGCCACCUGCUCCAGCGACCAGAGCGUCAAGGUCUGGGAUAAAAGUGAAAGUGGGGAUUGGCAUUGUACUGCUAGCUGGAAGACACAUAGUGGAUCUGUGUGGCGUGUGACGUGGGCCCAUCCUGAAUUUGGACAGGUUUUGGCUUCUUGUUCUUUUGACCGAACAGCUGCUGUGUGGGAAGAAAUAGUAGGAGAAUCAAAUGAUAAACUGCGAGGACAGAGUCAUUGGGUUAAAAGGACAACUCUAGUGGAUAGCAGAACAUCUGUUACCGAUGUGAAAUUUGCUCCUAAGCAUAUGGGUCUUAUGUUAGCAACCUGUUCAGCAGAUGGUAUUGUAAGAAUAUAUGAAGCGCCAGAUGUUAUGAAUCUCAGCCAGUGGUCUCUGCAACAUGAGAUUUCAUGUAAGCUAAGCUGUAGUUGUAUUUCUUGGAACCCUUCAAGCUCUCGUGCUCAUUCCCCCAUGAUAGCUGUAGGAAGUGAUGACAGUAGUCCAAAUGCAAUGGCCAAGGUUCAGAUUUUUGAAUAUAAUGAAAACACCAGGAAAUAUGCAAAAGCUGAAACCCUCAUGACAGUCACAGAUCCUGUACAUGAUAUUGCCUUUGCUCCAAACUUGGGAAGGUCUUUCCAUAUUCUAGCCAUAGCAACCAAAGAUGUGAGAAUUUUUACAUUAAAGCCUGUGAGGAAAGAACUUACUUCCUCUGGUGGACCAACAAAAUUUGAAAUCCAUAUAGUGGCUCAGUUUGAUAAUCAUAAUUCCCAGGUUUGGCGAGUGAGUUGGAAUAUAACAGGAACAGUGCUAGCAUCUUCAGGAGAUGAUGGCUGUGUAAGAUUGUGGAAAGCUAAUUAUAUGGACAAUUGGAAGUGUACUGGUAUUUUGAAAGGUAAUGGGAGCCCUGUCAAUGGGAAUUCUCAGCAGGGAAACUCAAAUCCUUCCCUAGGUCCAAGUAUCCCAAAUCUUCAAAAUUCAUUAAAUGGAUCUUCUUCUAGCAGGUAUUUCUUUCCCCCUCUGGAUUCCCCACGGGCUGGAUCGAGAUGGUCCAGUUAUGCCCAGCUCCUUCCUCCUCCUCCUCCUCUGGUAGAGCACUCUUGCGAUGCUGACACUGCCAACCUCCAGUAUCCUCACCCUCGCAGACGAUCUCUCUCUCGGCCUCUUAAUCCCUUACCUGAGAAUGAAGGGGUUUAAAACACUGAUUUAACACUUAAAGGCCUUAUUCAAGUGCUUGUAAAUGCUUUCAUUCCUGGCUGCUUUUCGUUUUUCUUCAUUUUCUUUUAGAAGAUUUUUCUAAUUUAGGGUCUGUCUUGCAUGUAUUACAACCAGAACACAGUGUUUGGAACCUAAAUGUGUUUGUGCUUCUGCAUCAAAGGAACAUUUGCCUCACUGGUUGAUAACCUUUGAUGAAUGAGAUAAGUACAAGUAACACAAAUUGUGAGUUACAGUAGCUGAUUUCAAUUUCAAAGUGCCUAUUCUAUAAGUUUUAUUUUGAAUUGUUACGGUGUUAAUUUUAUUAUGGUUUGUCAUUCUGGUUAAUGUGAAAGGAUUAUCAUCAAGUUCACUUUGCCUUUGAGACAUAUUAAGAAAUGUUUUACAUUUGACAGGCUAAUGUUGCAACUGACUAGUUUGUAAAAUAAAUCAUUCCUGUGUAUAAAGCAGCAAAACAUAAUAAUGGACUGUUUGGUCUUUUUUUUUUUUUUUUUUUUUUUUAAAGGAAAUUUUCUUUUAAACUACUUGGAAUUACUGUUUAAAGCUUUUGUAAUUAUUCUCCAAGUAGAUUAUUUAAUAAAAUAUAUUUUAAAAGAUAUGAAUCUCUUGCCUUACGAAAACAGAAUGUACAGCUGGCCCUUGAACAACAUCUGUUUGAAUUGCACUGGUCCACUUAUACAUAGAUUUCUUUUUUUUUCAAUAAAUGCAGUACAAUAAAUGGA